AAACUGACGUCAUCGUUGUGCUGUUUAUACUUGAACAAAUACUUUAUACUUUAUCUUUUAUCCAAUGUUUAAUAGUUUUUUUUUGUUCUUUUAUUUAUUUUUUGUGAAUGAAGUGUAUCGCACAAAAUCAACCGUAUUAAAUCGACCGCGCAUUUUAAACAGGUACAAAAGUACAUUAUGUCACGUGGAAUGACGUGUUUGAGAAACGUAAGAAACGGUGAGCUUCGGGAAGCUGCUGGACAUGUAUAUCAGGUGCAUACAACAUAGCUUCAGAUCUGUUUAUUAUUUUCUAGAGUCUAAUCCAACAAGGAAGUUCUCCUCCACACACUACAGUAUGGCAUCGAUUAAACACAAGAACACAAAAAGGAUAGAAGGACUACACAAAAACAUAUGGGUUGACUUGACAUCUAUAGCUUCAGAUCCCUCUGUCGUAAAUCUCGGUCAAGGUUACCCAGACAUCCCCCCUCCAUCUUACGUGAAAGCUGGUCUAGCACAGGCUGUAAUGGUGGACCGGCUCAAUCAGUACACACGAGGCUUUGGUCACCCAGCUCUGGUCAAAGCCCUGUCUCAGGUGUACAGUAAAUUGUACAACCGUCAGAUCGACCCAUUUAAAGAGGUACUUGUGACUGUGGGAGGCUACGGCUCUUUAUUCAGCAUUUUUCAGGGCCUUGUGGAAGAGGGAGAUGAGGUUAUAAUAAUUGAACCCUUCUUUGACUGUUAUGUUCCUAUGACUAAAAUGGCAGGAGCCAAACCGGUUUUAAUACCCCUUCGCCUUAAAUCCAGUAAGAAGGCAGACAUCAGCAGUGCAGACUGGAUUCUGGAUCAGGAUGAACUUGCCAGUAAAUUUAAUUCCAAAACAAAAGCCAUUGUUCUUAACACUCCCAAUAACCCCCUUGGGAAGGUGUUCAGCAGGAGUGAGCUGCAGGCUAUUGCAGAUCUCUGCAUCAAACACGACACACUGUGCUUCAGCGAUGAGGUGUACGAAUGGAUCAUAUACAAGGGGCAUGAGCAUGUGAAGAUAGCGACACUUCCUGGCAUGUGGGACCGAACCAUUACUAUUGGCAGCGCAGGAAAAACAUUCAGUGUGACAGGUUGGAAGCUGGGUUGGUCAAUAGGGCCUGAGCACUUGGUCAAACACCUCCAAACUGUCAUGCAGAACACACUGUACACCUGUGCAACCCCUCUACAGGAGGCAGUUGCACGUGGACUCCUGCAUGACUGUGAGCGAAUGGGGCAACCUGACUGCUAUUUCUCCUCCCUAGCCACAGAGUUGGAGGGAAAAAGAGACCGAAUGGUGGCCAUUUUGAAGCAGGCCGGGAUGUGUCCUGUAGUUCCUGAAGGAGGCUACUUUAUACUCGCCGACAUCACAGCCCUCAAUCAGGAUCUUUCAGGCGUGGAAGGUGACGAGCCAUAUGACUACAAGUUUGUCAAGUGGAUGAUAAAGGAGAAGAAACUGGCAGCCAUUCCCGUAACAGCAUUCUGCGGAGAGGAGUCCCAAAAGCAGUUUGAGAAAUACAUCCGACUGUGUUUCAUUAAGCAAGAUAGCACACUGGACGCUGCUGAGGUCAUUCUGAAGAACUGGAACAAAGCCUGACCACGGACGUUACAGCAACAGGUUAGAGUUGUACCAGCUCGACUCCUGAGGCUCCUGUACUUACAUACUAUUGCAGUUGAAUAUUCUUUAUCCUUUACAUGUAGUCUCCUGUAUUUACAGAGUGUACUGUGUGUUUGUUUGGUUUGAGAAUUGAAAAUAAUUUGAAAAACUGAUUAAAGGGUUUCACACUG